CCACCCUAAUGGCUCCACUUCCUUCCAUGUAAAGUGCUUCAAUGCUUGACAUUUAAGGCUCUUCACAGUCUAGUUCUGUUGGGGGCAGAGGUGUAAUGGACUUUAACUGAAGAAUGAAUAAUAACUAAAGACGAAAGAGAAAUACCUUGUAUACAUCCCUGUUCUAGGCAUUUAGGAUACGCCAUUGAACAAAAAAAGGCUGUCCUCAUGAAGCUUACAUUCUGGGAGUGUCUGGAGGAAGACAAUAAAAUGUCAAGUGCUGAAGAAAAGUAGCAGGGAUAUUACAAAGGAUAGAGAUGAACAGAUGCAUAGGGCCUAAGAGAGCUUCCAUGCCCUCUCUGGGUGCACCACCCUCUGGGAAUCUCUACUUAUUCAGCUGUCUGGAAGCUCUCCAUACCUCAUCCUCUUGGGCCUUUCAUGGAGACUUCAUUGGAUAGACAUGAACAAAGCAUGGACAACUGUGUAGAAAUGUGAUUGGACUUCCUCUUUUACCAAGGACCCGCCAACAUGGGCCACGUUCGCACCAAAACCGUGAAGAAGGCGGCCCAGGUCAUCAUAGAGAAGUACUACAUGCGCCUGGACAACGACUUCCACACGAACAAGCGCGUGUGCGAGGAGAUCGCCAUUAUCCCCAGCAAGAAGCUCCACAACAAAAUAGUAGGCUAUGUCACCCAUCUGAUGAAGCGGAUUCAGAGAGGCCCUGUAAGAGGUAUCUCCAUCAAGCUGCAGGAAGAGGAGAGAGAAAGGAGAGACAAUUAUGUUCCUGAGGUCUCAGCCCUGGAUCAGGAGAUAAUUGAAGUAGAUCCUGACACUAAGGAAAUGCUGAAGCUUUUGGACUUCGGCAGUCUGUCCAACCUGCAGGUCACUCAGCCUACAGUUGGGAUGAAUUUCAAAACGCCUUGGGGACCUGUUUGAAUUUUUUCUGCAGUGCUAUAUUAUUUUCAAUAAAUCUGGGACAACAAAAAAAAAAAA